ACGCCCUCCUUUUUAUAUACAACACUACUGUCCUCUGUAGCCUGCUUAACAUUCUUUGGUCUGAGCUUUUUCCUUGUGUCACUCAUGGAGGUGUAUCCUUCGCUCUUUACACUUCCAAUCUUUGUUUUCUUAAUUAUCAGUUGGAGUCCAUUAUGCUUGGUGGUUGCUACUUCUCCAUGUCAUUUUCCGGCAAUCUUUAACUUCGGAGACUCAAACUCCGACACUGGUGGCUUGUCUGCAGUUUUUGGUCAGGCACCUCCUCCUCAUGGCGAGUCUUUUUUCCACCACCCCGCCGGACGCUACUGCGAUGGCCGCCUCAUUGUCGACUUCUUUGCGGAGAAGCUUGGAUUGCCAUAUCUAAGUGCAUAUCUUGACUCAGUAGGCAGCAACUUCAGACAUGGAGCCAAUUUUGCAACUGCAGGAUCCACCAUUAGACCUCAAAACACUACUCUUCGCCAAAGCGGUUUUAGUCCCAUUUCUUUGGAUGUUCAAUGGAAUGAGUUCUAUGAUUUUCACCGAAGAUCCCAAAUCUUUCGUAGCAAAGGUGGAAUUUAUAAAGAAUUGUUGCCUAAGGCUUCAGAUUUCUCUCGUGCUUUGUACACAUUCGAUAUUGGUCAGAACGAUCUUACUUCUGGCUACUUCUUAAACAUGUCUGCGAAUGAAGUUAGAGCUUAUGUUCCUGAUGUGCUCAACCAGUUCAAGAACAUUGUUUCGUACGUAUAUGGUCAAGGUGGAAGAAACUUUUGGAUUCAUAAUACAGGACCAUUUGGUUGUCUACCUUAUGUUAUAGAUCGCAUACCAAUCUCAAAAGCAGAGUUUGACAAGGUUGGCUGUGGGACUCCAUUUAAUGAGGUAGCUCAAUAUUUCAAUCGUGGAUUGAAGGAGGUUGUCGCCCAAUUGAGAAAAGAAUUGCCCCAUGCUGCAAUAACAUAUGUUGAUGUAUACACAGUAAAAUACAACCUUAUCAGCCGAGCAAGAACGCACGGGUUCAACGAAUCAUUGAGAGCUUGCUGUGGACAUGGAGGAAAGUAUAACUACAACAAGAACAUUGGAUGUGGGCGAAAGAUUACAGUGCGAGGAAAACAAAUAAUGAUUGGGAAACCAUGUAAAGAUCCUUCAAGAUGGAUAAAUUGGGAUGGGGUACAUUACACUCAGGCAGCUAACGAAUGGGUUUUUGAACAGAUUGUAGAUGGUUCAUUUUCAGACCCACCAAUUCCAUUGAAGAUGGCUUGCCAUAGGCAGCCUUUAAGUUGAUUAAUUUACCUGUCACUUUUCAGCACGAUUGUUAUCAAAACUGGAAUAUAGCCAAAUAUGAUGGCAUUCUAAAAGUUAAUUUAUGAAAUUUGAAGUUCUUAACUAUC